UUUUUCUUUUUGAAUAUUUUUUAAUUAUGGGCAUUUUAUUUAGCAAUUUAUGGAACCGACUAUUCUCCAAGACUCAGGUCAAAAUGAUCAUCGUGGGCUUAGAUAAUGCUGGCAAAACAACAAUAUUAUAUAAAUUAUUAAUGAAUCAAGUCGUAACAACCACGCCCACUAUUGGCAGCAAUGUGGAAGAAGUAGAGUAUAAAAAUUUAAAGUUUGUCAUGUGGGACAUUGGGGGUCAGGAAUCAUUACGUAGUACUUGGAAGACAUACUAUAUAGAUACAAAGGCAGUUAUUAUGGUCAUCGACAGUACAGAUAUCAAUCGACUCAAUUUAGCAAAACAAGAGUUGCAUCAGAUGAUGGAGAGCGAUCAAUUACAGAAUGCCAGCUUACUUGUAUUUGCAAAUAAACAAGACGUCAAAGGCUCUUUGGGGGCAGCGAAAAUAUCGGAAGCAUUAGGUUUAAGUAAAUUCCACGACAGACAAUGGCAUAUUCAGGCUUGUUCUGCAUUAACAGGAGAAGGAUUAUAUGAAGGAUUGGAUUGGGUGGUCUUACAAAUUACAGGAUCAUGAGGAGAGAAACAUGUAUAUAUUUAUCAAUGACGUUAUAAUAAUAAAAAGUAAUCAUACAGUCAUACCAACCUCA